AUGAAUUGCCGAUCCUUAAUCUCCUACACUGCACUGGUGGUGUUCGUCGCAUCCGUUUUCGUAUGGCUUCGCAAUUACCCGUCGUUGGCUGCAAUAUCAAUAUCAAAGCCCGUACACUCGCCGAUGUAUUGGUUUGCCUUUGGUGAUUCCUGGUCCGCCACAGGUUUCAAUAUCAGCUCUACGCAGCCCUCGGCAACCAAUCCGAUGGGAAAUACUGCUCCUCAUCCAGGCACGCAGAGCGGUGGCAACAACUGGAUUGGAUACUUGGCCACACGAUAUAACGCUACUUUAAUCCUGGCGUACAGUCUAGCCAUCGCCGGUGCAACAAUUGAUAAUUCACUAGCUACCUGGGGGUUUGGUGAUAUGACAUCCCAAAUAGACGCCUUUCAAUUAUAUUAUGCUUCGCGGCCAGCAUAUGUCCCUUGGACAACGGAUAAUACAGUCACUUCGUUCGGGAUUGGGAUCAACGACGUAUAUUACGGCUUCGCGCAUAAUGAAGAGCCUUCUGCCUUCGUAGCCACGCUUAUGAAUAGAUAUCGACCACUCAUCGAACAAAUUUAUUCCGACGGAAUUCGAAAGUUCCUCUUUCUGAACUGUCCACCGUCAACUCGCAGUCCGCAGGUGCAUGAAGAAAACGAUUUACCGGAACAGUUCCAGCGUCACGCCGAGAUGGUGACGGCAUACAACGAGGGUCUGAAUAGCAUGUUGUUUCAAUUCAGAGAUGAUCAUAAAGAUGCAACUGUCGUGGUUUACGAUUCGUUCCAGUAUAUGACUCGCGUUCUGGACAAUCCUGCUGAAUACGGUUACAAGAAUGCCACAUGCAUGAAUACCGAUGGGUCGAGUUGUGUCUGGUGGAAUAACUUGCAUCCUGGUUGGAAAUAUCACAAGUACCAAGCCGAGGAUAUGUUGCCCAUUCUCGCGCCUCUCGGGUGGUGA